GCUGCUCCUCCCGGCGCCUCCCCCACAGGGCUGACUCGAGGGCCGUGUGGGCGCCCUGGGGAGAGGAGCGGGAGUCCUGGGAAGGUGGGUGGCAGCGGGAAGAAGGGGCCUGGGGCAGAAGGCCAGCAGCCUGAGCAAGGGGCCCGGGGCUGUGGCAGGGGCGCGGCCACGCGGGCAGGUGCUUGGGCACGUAGCCAUGUGGCUGCUGAGCGCCCGGUGUUGGGGGCAGGGGCUCCAGGUCCCCGCUAGGACCUAGGGGUCCUCUCACACCCCCGCCCCCCCACCGGCUGCCGAUGAAGGACAGGCCGGCAGGGACACGGGCCUGGACCUGAGUACAAACCACCCUGAAGAGGGUUCUACGCCCACCGGGGGAGGAGCCCUCCGGCCCCCCGCCCACCCCCCAGAGGCGACCGGAAGCUGAAGGGAUGACGGGCUCACGGGCCAGCAAACCCACAGGCCUUUGUCCUCGGCCACUCAGUGAACCUUGCUCGGCCGCCGACCACGGUCUGGCCUCCUCCCGUUCUUCAGGCUGCGACCGAGAGCCACCGGCAAUCCAGGAACACCUCCCGGGGCUCCUCCGUCAGACUGGGGCCCGGGAGGGGCCGCCUCUCCCCCAGCAGACGGGCCUGGACCCGGGGGAGGGGCCAGGAACCAGAACCACCCGUGCCCCAGGCUGCAGAGGGAAGGGGAGUCACCCCGCCCGCUCCCACACUGUCCCCGGCCAGCAUGACCUCGUCUCCGCCUGGGCCCGCCCUGUCUGGUGCUGGGACAGGCCUGGGCUGGGGUCCUGACCUCGGGCUGUGGCCUGGGAACCUAGGCCCCCAGGACAGGUCCGGACUGAGCAGUGGGGACCUCAUGCUGUCGCAGGACUGUCACUGUGACAACCAGCAUGGUGACAAUGACUGUCCAUCGUGUCACACCACCCCAUGGGUGUGGUCCCCCAUGGUCACCAAGUGCCACACCACAAUCCCUGCAGAGUCCCUGUCCCCGCUUGUAUGUCCCUGUGUCCCUGCCCCCCCGCCCCUAUUCCCAUGUCCUGUCAGUGCCCCUAUCCCUGUGUCCCCGUGUCCCCAUCCUUGUGGCCCUGUGUCCCCACAAGCCCGUGCCCCUCUGUCCCCGUGUCCCUGUGUCCCCGACCCUGUGUCUCUGUUCCCGUACCCUUGUGUUCCUCAUGUCCCCGUGUCCCUCGCCCUCUGUGCCCAACCCUGUGCCCUCGUCCCCCUGUCCCUCUGUGCCCACCCCUGUGCCCCCCUUCCCGUCUCUGCGUCCCCGUCCCAUGUCCUAGUCCCUGCGUCCCCGUCCCAUGUCCCAGCCCCUGUGUCCCCGUCCCAUGUCCCCGCCCCUGUGUCCCCGUGUCCCCGUGUCCGGUCCCUCUGUGCUUACCCUCGUGUCCCCGGCCCUGUGCCCCCCUGUCCCCCUGUCCCUACCCCUCGGUCUCUGUGUCCCCAUCCUGUCUGUGUGUCCCCAAUCUCCCGUGUCCCCGUAUCCCCGUGUCCCUGUUCCUGUGUCCUCGUGCCCGCACCCAGGGCUGCCUGUCCUGUGUUGAGUAGAGAGGUGCCCGUGCAGGGUCUUCGUGGUCUCUGGAGGGUAGAGGCCAGGACAAGACACGAGGACUCGCAGCUCCUUCCCCCUGGAUGGCAGCUUCUCCUCAGGCUGGUCCUGCUCCCACGCCCUCCUCCAAGCCCAGGCUCCAACACUAAUACCCCAACCGCAGGCUUACCAUGUUCUCCCUCCAAACCCUCCGGGCAGCGCCUCCAUGCCUGGGGUGGCACCGGAAGACCCAGACAGGUGCAUGCGGAUUCCCUUUGACUGUCCAGCCACGCCCAGUGGCCCUGACCACGCGGGUAAUAUGGGCCUCACAGAACCCGUUCGAGUGCGCCCUCCUCCCAAUAUCCUGGAAAAGUCUGAGAAAGAUUGGUGCGAAUUCUUCAAAACAUUACUUUUGAAAAGAUUUUUAAAGUAGUCUCUACACCCAGCGUGGGGCUCAAAUUUGUAACCCCCGAGAUCAAGGGUCUCACACGCCAGGAGGUGCACCAGCCGCGCCCCGACUCUUCGAAGGUCCGGUGAGGCCGACGCGGCUUCCCUCCGUCAACGACUGCUUCGGUCUGCGUGUUCUCAGUCUGUUGACGCUUCCUCUGUCUCGCUUGAGCUGACUGAGUUCGUCUGUCCGUCCUAAAGAUUACCCAACCUGUCGGCGUACGACUUUUUGUCACAGUGUCUUCCAGCCUUUGCCAUUUCUGUAAGGUCACUGGGAACGCCCCUGCUUACGACUCUGGUUUUAGUUACCUGCCUGCCUGCUUUUUGUCGUCACCUUAAAGAUUCAUCAAUUUCGCCGAUGUUUUCAAAGAACCGACUUCCGGUUUGGGGACUGUGCUGUCUCCCGGUCCGACCCCUCUGUCCCGCGCUCGGCUGUUGGCUUCCUGUUUCCCAGCUCCUCAAGGUGCACAGCUUGGCAUUCAUCUGAGAUCUUUCUUCCUUUACUAUUUUUUAAGGAAGUUCUACACCCAACGUGAGGCCUGAACUCAUGACCCUGACAGCAGGAGGCUCGUGUCUCAUCGACCGAGCCAGCCGGGAACCCAGUGUCUUCCCUCUCCCACGUGCGGGCAUUCAGAACUACAAACUUGUAUUUGAGCGUGACUUUUUCUGCCUCCCAUAAAUCCUAUAUUUAGUGCCUUCGCUCUCAUGGAUCUCAGAAUUCUGAAAAUUUCCCUUCUGUGUCCUCUCCGACCCACUGAGCGUGUUAAUUUCCACAGAUCUAUGAAUUUGCCCGUUUUCUCUCUUAUUUGUCCUCGGACUUCCAGCUUCGUUCCACUGUGGCUCAAAGAUACUAUUUUUUCACAAUUUUUAGAAACACAGGAAUACUGGUUUUGCGUCCUGACCUCCGGCAGAGCCUGGGGAGUGCUCCCCACGCAGCUCAGAAGAGCGGGGACCCGACUGCGGCUAGGCUGCCGCCCGCCCGCUGCUCUGGCGAGUUCUCUGGGCUCCUCGCGGGCUCGACUUCCUUCCCGGCCUGCCGCCGCGUGUUCGCCGGGGUGGAGAGGCAGGAGCAGCCCCGGCUGGCGGCGCAGUCCUCCCAGCAGACGCCAACUCCACACACUCACCCCCCCCCGACCUUGGAGCGGCUCCCACGACCCCUUCGGGUGGCUGCCGUCAUACACCGCGGCCCAGAGUGUACACGUGUCGCUACUGGACGUGUGUCGCUGCGGCGUUGAAGACUGGACUUGCAAACAGAACCCGACCCUGGCUUUUGGACCCCCCACGGCGGUCUUUGACAGACCCCCUCCUGCCUCCCUCCCGAGGGCCCUUCCGCUCCCAUCUGACGGCUCCCACGACCGCAUCGCGCACGCCAGGCUGACUGGACACGAGGGCCUCGGCUUUGCUCUGGGAAGAUCUUAAAUUCUCCCACGUUUUGAGAGUCAAUUUUGCUGUAUACAGAACCUUUGGUUGAAAGCUUUUCUUUCAUCAAAGUAGGUCAUUCCACAAACUUAUGGCCUUUUUUUUUUUUUUUUAAGAUUUGAGAGCGAG